AUGUCAUAUCCAAAAAGACACAUUUCACCUAAUGCUGGUUCAGCUCCAACCUCAGCUCGACUACUAAGAUCAACCCACCCUGAUGCAUAUAACACAUACUCAGGAUUUUAUUCUCCUAGGCGUUCCAAUUCCUCUAAAAGAUCAGCCUCAGAAGAACGCAAGGAUAUCGAUACUUUAAGAAAAGAAGCACUUUACUUACUCUCCCUCCUUUAAAUUGGAUAAAACAUCAGUAAAAUUUGCAUUUUUUGGGUACUUUAACCCCUCUUUAAAUUGGAACAAAAUUUUAUUUUCAAGAGGAAAAUUAUAUAGAUGAUAAUAAUAAUUUUUAUAAAAUUAGUUUUAACAUAAUUUAAUAAACAAAAUGCAAGUAGAAUGCUAUCUCAACAGUUAUAACACUGAAUCAAUUAAUUUUUAUUUAAUUCUUCAUAAAAAUAAAUUAAAUUCAAAUUAAUGUGCUCAAUUUAUUUUUUAAAAAAUUUUUAAAAAAUUUUUCAAAAAACCAAAAUUAAUUUUGGCAUAAUUUAAUUAAAAAAGUGUAAUUAGAGCGCUAUUUAAGCAUUUAUCACAUUGAAUCAUUUAAUUUUUUUAAUUAUCUCUAACAAAUAAGAUUUUAAGAAUUUAAAAAAAAAAUUUAUAGAAAAAAUUUAAAUAUUUUUCCCCUUUAAAUUGAAACAGGUUUUUUAAAUUAAAGGAGAGAGUUAAGAAAUUCCUUUCGCAAUGCAAUCCAAGAAAUAAAACAAAUAAAAAUCGCUCAUCAAGAAGACCUAAAAUCAAUGCAUUUCGCAUUUGAAGAAUUGCGGCGUGAGAUCGAAACUAUUAAAUUUGAAAAGGUUGAGAAAACUACUCAACAGAAUGGAGGAGGGUCAAUAGAAGAAUACACAAAGCUUGCACAAGAGUUGAUCAGCUUAAGAACUGACGUUGAUAGGCUAAGUAGCAGUAUUGGAAAAGAAUCAAGGGCCUCUGCAGUCCAAAGCUAUGAAAAUUUCCUUCAUGAAAAAACCCGAGGAAGAGGCCAUUAG